AUGCGGCCCCAGGCUGAUAGAAGCAGCUUCCUACACGCCCCAGUGACGGCCGUGUCUGUCAGUUCAUCGUGGUUUUGCCUCGCGGUUGGGCACCGUGUGCUGGCCUCAUCGGUCGAUGAUGACAUGGACCACGGCAGUGUAUUUGUAGUUACAGAACUCCCUAAUGGUGCGGUGAUCACCGCCUUAGAGCAGCACAGAAUGAGUUGCAUUGCCACAAAUGAACUCAUCACUUCAGCUGUUGUAAUCGGAAGUGCGGAUCGCGUGUACGCUGCUCCUCUGUAUCGGAAUGAGCUGCGUGAGGGAGCCCCCCCUGCAGCGAAGCCGCACAACAGUGUGUUGUUGCUGUCGCUCAAUAAUUUUGCGCGGGUCCUGUACAUCCAAAGUCUUGGAGACGUUGCGGCCAUUUUGGUGCUAACGACGCUCAACUCGGCACACGUAAUCCCUGAACAGCACUUGAUGGUUGGCUGGGACGCUUCUGCGGGGGUCGCAAGGAGGGAGGAGAGUCAAGGAAUCGUGUUGAGACGCACCGUGAAAGGACUGGGAAUUGCCUUAGCCGCAUCGGCUCUGAUGACUGCGGACAGAUACAACAUCCUGAUUUUCACCGGUACGUACGCCGGGGGAGUUGCUGUGUGGAGCGUUCCUAUAGCGAGCGCGGAGCAGCAGCUAAGAGGAAUGGAUGAUGGUACUGAGUCACUUCCCGUCCUCUCGCGUAUCAGUGCCCACAGCCCCGGUUGUGCUGUGUUUGCCGUGAAGGCAGUUGCGAUAGGUGGUAGCGGAGAGCAGCGCAACGGAUCUGCGGUCACUUCACGCAUUUGCGUGGCCACUUGUAGCGAUGAUCGUACUGCCACAGUAUAUGUCUCACAUAGCGAUCAUUCCGUCGGGGAAGACACGUGCACUGCGAGCCAUUAUCAGUUAACGGAAAAAACGAGGUGGGUUUGUUGCUGGCGCGGGAGCCGGGCGGCGCUCGCCCGCAGGCGCCUGUUUGACAUAUCCAUUCUGCCGACGCGGACACAUUCAAGAGUUGUUGUUGCUACAGGUGGUGAAGACGGUACUGUGAAUGUCUUGUGCUUUAACCAGGGGGAACUAGAAGCGGCGGAAACACCGUUGAAGCCUCAAACUAUUCAUUGUCGUACCCACCAGCAUGAGGGUAGCGGGGUGUACAAGGUAGCUCUAGUGGAGCACGCUGUGAGCAGCGGAUAUGUGACUGCCGUCGUCUCUUGUGGAUUCGAUGGGUGCGUUUAUUACACAAGGCUCCAGCCGUCAGAGUUGCGAAAGGCAACACUUAUCCCGUGCACCCCCAUCAAGCAGAGAUGCCAUGUAAGGGGGCUGCAUUGCGACGAUAAUGGAACGUUGUUGGCGUGCACGGAGGAUGAGUUUAUCAUUAUUCAUUUUCACAAGGGGGACACAUCCCCGCACGAGCAGCGUUUCCCCCUUCCUACAACUUGUUCGGGCAAAAAGGAUGUACCGUCAUGUCUUAGUGCCAUCACCUCCUUGUCGCCUCCACUGGUCCCGUCGAACAAUUUUGCACCAAAGCACAUCGCACUUAUAGGUACAACGGGGGGAGGCGUAUAUGGAGUUCUGUAUGGCGCAUGGUAUUCAAAUGCAGCAGAGAAGGAAAAUGGAGGUAGAGCUCCGACUACUGUGGUGAAGUUGAUGACAUCAUCCUCCAAGGUGCUCUUUGUUCGAGGAUUACAGUAUCAACAACACCUAGUCUUGGCUACUGUCCAUGCGGGUGGUCAGCUUGUCGUCUCUGCGUUUGAGAAUAUUUACGAACGUUCAACUGAAUGGCUUUCUGCUGUCUGCGCGGGUACGCACACUACCGCCCUCACUCUGCGCCUCAUGAAACGGACUUUACGACGAGAGUGUCUCUGUAUACUCACUGGUGAUGAUGAAGGUAGCCUCUAUAUUCACACAGUGGAGCCGGGCGAGUCACAGGAAACUCAGCCGCUGGCGUGGCGGGACCGCCUCUUUCAGUCUCCGGUAGCGGCUGUUGACACCGAAGAGGUGGUCUUGCCAACGAGUAAUUCUGAAACACGGGUCACGGUGUUAUCGCAUCAGGGUGAAUGGCGAGCAUUAGUUGUGGACAGCGAUGAUAUUCUGAAAGUAGAUAUUCGGUCCAUCUCCUGUCCACUGCUCCUGCCGUGGCGUGUCUCCACCGUUCUGGCCUGGAGCAAUGGUGCGGCAAAGUGUGGAAAGGGCAGCAAUGACCUGAGUUUCGCGGUGACAUUGUUUGGUACAGAUAUCACCGUCUUUUCCAGGCGCUCGCAGAUUAGUGGUUGGCACCCCAUUGCCCAGUGUCAUGAGGUGCGAGCCCCGCGGUUGCUAACAGCAGCCGUUUCGUCAGGUGUAGCAGCCGAUGGAGCGGAGGGAAAAGGGCAGUACGCCUAUGUGUGUCACUGUUCAAAUGGAAGGGAAGGAGAAUGGUGCGAGUACAACCCAGAAAACUCUUCGCGACUCUUGUACGGUGGUGUGGCAACGGGUCGGGAUUACAACACAGUUAUUGUUUUACCAGAGCCGGCCGCAUGCAUACUUUGUGGAGCGGAGCAAUCCACAGUAAGUGUACUGAGCCUUCCGUCGAAGGCCACUAACGCCAUGGAGACACCACAAACCCUCUCAGGACCGCAUGAGUCCAAUAUACUCGGAAUGUCGUAUUGUAGCAUUGCCGAUGGAUCGGUGACUUGCGGUGAGGAAGUCCGGUUUGUAACCGUCGGCAGCCUCGCCACUGUUGCCGUUUGGGAGUGGUCGGUCCGCCACAGCUGGCGUGUAAUGGCCCACAUGAAUGUGAGGCAGCAGCGGGUGAGGGGCAACGGCGACUCCGCUGUUGACGGCCCUACAGCCACCACCAGCCAGUGUGUUCCGCGGUUUCUUUCAGUGUGCACAACAGCAAAAGACAUCGUCGUUGGGGGCAGCGACGGUGCACUGAGGAUAUUUGGGUUCACCUCCAAGCUGAUACUUCGACAAAAAGUGGUGUUGGACCCUCAAACACCGCGACCCGUGACUGCCGUGUGUGCCCUUAGCAUAAUGGGGGGGCUCGUCAUAGCGGGUGACACUGGUGGGGCGCUGUGUGUGUGCUGUGCUCAAAAAGGAGAGGUAUUAUCAAGAAGGGUUUGGAAGAAGGUGGCUGUCGACGCCCUUUCGGUUGAGAAACAAGAGCGGAGAGAAGGAACUGGAGCCGCAUCGUGGCGUGUGCUUGCGGCGAUGGACUCUGGUGAUAUCGUGCUUGUGCGUGCUUCAACGCAGGGAAUAGAGACGUUGAGUUCUGUGCGCGUGGGGUUAACGGCGGGUCGGGGGGUGAGUUGGAUAAAUUGUGGGGAAACGGAAAGCAUGAAGGAGCACGAUGGGAUGGCAGUUGCGGUGAAUGAUGAGCGGCUCACUUUUCUACAGAUUAGGGGGGACGUUUUCCACGUAGCAGGAGAGAGGCGUGUAAACGUCCGCGGGGUCAGUGGGCUUGCCAUCGACCCAUCCGCAUCACCGCCAGAUAUGUGCGUGGUGGUGGGUCAGGGUGUUGAGACCGUACCGUUACGAUGGGAAUCAUGCUUCGUUGCAUGA